AUGAGCUCUACCUCCCAGAUCCGCCAAAACUUCUCCGAGGCCGAAGCCGCGGUCAACCGCCUAGCCAACCUCUACCUUCAGGCCUCCUACUCCUACCUGUAUCUGGGUUUCUAUUUCAACUGGGACGAUGUUGCUCUGCCGAGGGUGUCGCAUUUUUCCCGUAAACUGGCGAAGGACAAACACGAGGGCGCUGAGCGCCUUAUGCGGCUCCAGAACCAACAUGAGGGCCGGGUCCUCCUCCAGGCUGUGCAGAAACCCGCCCAAGAUGAGUGGGGCCGCAGCUUGGAUGCUAUGGAGGCUGCCCUGAGCCUGGGGAAGGGCCUGAACAAGGCCCUCCUGAAGCUGCACGCCCUGGGCACCAGCCAAGGGGAUCCACACCUCUGCGACUUCCGGGACAGGCACUACCUGGGAGAGGAGGUGAAACAGCUGAAGAGCCUGGGCGACCACCUGACCACCCUGCACCACGUGCAGGCUGACCCUCAGCCGGGAUUUGGAGAAUACCUGUUCAAGAGGCUGAGCCUGGAGCACAACUAG